CGAAUGACAAGUGCGGCAUCCGUCCAGCAUCGCGCCGUGGCAGAAGUGCUGAGUGCCGUUGAUGACGAGGAUGACAAGAAGGAAAAGAGAUCAUCGCAAAACGUAGACGUGCCACGGUGGAUGUACGUUGCAUUCUGCGCCGAAACGUGCGCAAGUGUAUUGCUCACGGCGACGUUCAACACGUUCCACGUCGAAACGUUCUUGACCGAGUAUAAGCUCGAGCUGUCAUCCUACGCCACAGGCCACGCCAUCUACGCUGCGAUCAACACGCUCAAUGAUAUCGUGGGCGCCGCCGUCCUCGACUCCCUUUCCCUUACCAAGGGCCGCGCGUGGCUGCUCCAGUGCGGCGGUCUACUAUGGAGUCUUUGUUUUCUGCUACCGUGGUACCCUUGGCCAUCCUACCCCGCUGUGCACUUCGUCUUCAGUUUAUCCUGCUACGACACCAUGUACUCGUUUUGCGCCAUCGCAGGGGGAUCACUGCUCACGGAAAUGGACAUCACGGACUCCCAACGCAUUCACGUGUUACGUGUGAAGAGCAUCUUUGGAAUGGCGACGACCUUGUUGGUGACGUCGUUGGGCCAGACGUUGUUUCCACACAAAUCUGCCUUUCGGUUCUUUUGCGCUGGGCUAACUCUUGUCUCGGGGGUUUGUUUUGCCGUGUUUUACUACGCGAUUGAACGGGCGUCGCCCCGGCGCUCCUUGUCUCGUUCGGCGCCGUCGUCGAUUCCCACCGCCGGCGGUGCGGUGCCAUUGAAGGCCGUGCUCGGGGAGUUCUGGCAUCUCUCCAACUUUCAUGCGUGGCUGGGCAUGGAAAUGUGCUUGGAAACGCAGGCUAACUUCAAUCGGAGUUACUUGCGGCUUUUCGUCACAACGUUCGUGCCAGAUCCAGCAAUCGCGCCGCUCUUUGUCUCCAUCUUGCCCGUCGCCAAGCAAUUCAUCAAAAUCGCGGCUUUUUCCGCCCUCGACCGCCUCGGAGUAUACGAGGUUUACAAGAUUUCGUUUCGAGUAAAACUGGCUGCGGCCUUCGUUAUGCUGGUACUCGGCGGUAGCAGUGGGGCGUCGCUUCCGUCAUGGAUCGUCCUGGCGUUCAUCGCCGUUAAUACCAUCGUGACGGAUGUUCCCACGGGCGGGUUCACUGUCGCCAUGAGCAACAUGCACAAGGAAAUGUCGUUGAGGUACUUCCCUAUCGAUCUAUCUUUGGUCAGAUCCCCCCCGUUUGCCGAGAGGAAUAUUUUUCUUUUGCCCACAGGCGCCUCAAGAUUAAACGAGAUGCCACCAAGGAUCCGAGGACGUCCAGGCCCAACUCGUGGGCGUUCUCGUCGUUGUCGGGAAUGUUCAUGGGCCUCAAUGCCGUGUUUUGCAAACCCAUGGACUCGCUGUUGCCGAUUCUGGCAGCGCAAUGGCUUCAACUGGCUGCCGCCGACGUUGGCGAAUCGAACGCAGCCACGCGCACCGCGAUGUUUCAACUCCUCGUGGGGCCACCCCUUGUACUCAGCGCGAUUCAAAUUUGGAGCUGGAGUCGAUAUGGUCUGACACGGGAAGCCAUGUACGUUAUCGAUGCUGAGUAUACGUACUUGGCUCUCCACGGACCAUCUCCCACUUCCCCAUGACGGCUCUCACGUUAUGGAGCGUUCCGUGGUGAGUUGUCGAUAUCUCGUUCAGUUCCCCAUCAUACUGCUAAGACGAUUUCUCGUAUCAAGAUAUCACAUCUCCUUUGCCAUGAAACCAGUGACCAGUGUUUGGAGAAGACUUUGGAAGGGGACAACGGCUCAUGACGCCUCGUGAGUGCAUCGAACUGGAAUGGCUGG